UAACUUUUGUUGGCAACCAGGAUAAAGCCAUCGAAGAAGAAGAAGAACGCUUGACCACCACCAACGAAGAAGAAGGUGGACGUAGCGUCUUGUGUAAAAAAAAAAAAAUAAUUUUUUUUAAAAAACGUCAAAAUGUUGAAAGAUUUGGUAAGGGAGCGACUAAUUGCAGCCGCUGAUGAAAUCUUCGGACUGUUUGAAAGAACGAUAUCAUCGUACGAGGAGCAACUUUGUCGGGCGAAAGAAGAGACCGAGCGGCACCGACGUCAACUGGAAGCUGUUUACAAGACACAAACGGUGUUGAACAUACAAGAUGUCCAGCUGCUGACUGGUCAUCAAGUACAACAGCUUCAUGCGGGCAUCACCAGUUUGGACCAUCCACAGACCCCCCACAUUAAAGUUGAAGUGGAGGAGGAGGAUGUCACGGCUGUCCCCAAUACGAGCAGAGAACAACUGCCUGAGUCUCCCCACAUGACGACAGAGACCAGUGGAGACCACUGCGGGGCACCGCAAGAAGAACACAUCUUCGCUCCACUGUCAGACAGUGACGACAUUGAAGAACUUUUGAGGAGCGGUACAGACUCUGAAGAUGAACUUGUGGGGAGCUCGAGUUUUGAGCACCCCCAGCGCCCCCACGUUAAGGAGGAACAGGAGGCUGGCGUCAGCGAAUUGCUGUUGACCGGCGCCCUCGUGAAGAACGAAGAUGAUGACACAUCGCCCGAUUGGUCACCGCUUGAUCAACACAGUCCGGGGUCACGCAUGCGGUCGCACAUGAGCACCCACACCGGAGAGAAAUCCUUUAACUGCUCAGUUUGUGGUCAUAGAUUCUCCCGAAAAAUUCACCUGGCAUCGCACAUGAGGACACACAGCGGAAUUAAACCCUUUAGCUGCUUGGUUUGUGGUGAAGGAUUUAAUUCAAAUGUUGCUUUGAUUGCACACACGGUAAUGCACAAUGUUGAUAAAUAUUUCAUGUGCUACACUUGUGGUAAAAGCUUCUCCUGCAAGAGAAAUUUAAACGAACACAUGCACACACACACAGAAAACUCCUUUAAAUGUUCAGUUUGCGAUAAGAGAUUCACUCAGAAGGUAAACCUGGAGUGGCACAUGAAAACUCACGUGGGAGAAAAAAUUUUCACUUGCUCGUUUUGCGGCAAAACCUUCUCUCAAGAGUCCACCCUGGUGACACACACGCAAAUUCACACGGGAGAAAAACCCUUUGCUUGUUCGGUUUGUGGGAGGAGGUUCUGUCUUCAGGCAAACAUGGUGUCACACAUGAAAACACACAUCGGGGGAAAAGCCUUUUAAUUGUUCUAUUUGAGGUAAAAACAACUGUUGUGGACAAAAUGAAUGCAGACAGGAUUUGAUCAACAUUAUCCUUCCUAGUUAGGCUAAAACAUAAAUUUUGUUUAAAAAAUGUGAUUCACAAUCAACAAAUACUGGCGACCAGUCCCAAGUGUAGUGCCCCUUUAGCCCGAAGUCAGCUGGGAUGGGCUUCUACUCUCUGUGACUCAGGAAAGGAUAUGUGGUGUAGAAAAAUGGAUGUCUGGAUUAAUUUAAGUGCUUCCUCUUGGAAAAAAAAUUCUUCUUGGCAAAUAAACUUGGAUUGAUUAAAUUGAUAAAAUCGCACAGCCCUAUUAUGAACAUUUAAUAACAGUUCUGCUGAGGUUGUAUUUGUUUUUAGACUCAUACUUGCAACUUGUUCUUAACACUUUUCCCCAUAGGAAAUAAUGUAAAGUACUUGUAACAUGUAAAUGUUAUUAGUGUAUAGCAGUCAGAUGUCAUGGUGAGAAAAGGAGUACAAGCAGACACAUAUUAAAAGCUAUACUGAUUGUUUAACCAGAACUGUGGUAUGUUAUUGUUUUCCAACCAUCCAUUUUCCAAGCCGCUUAUCCGUCACAAGGGUCGCGGGAGUGCUGGAGCCCAUCCCAGCUAUCUUCGGGUCGGAGGCGGGGUACACCCUGAACUGGUUGCCAGCCAAUCGCAGGGCACACAUAAACUAGCAACCAUUCGCACACACAUUCACACCUACGGGCAAUUUAGAGUCCUCGAUUAACCUACCAUGCAUGUUUUUGGGAUGUGGGAGGAAACUGGAGUACCCGGAGAAAACCCACGCAGGCACAGGGAGGACAUGCAAACUCCACACAGGAGUGGCCGGGAUUUGAACCCCAGUCCUCAGAACUGUGAGGCAGACGCUCUAACCAGUCGCCUACCGUGCCGCUGUUAUUGUUUUGUAUCAUGUUAAUUGUACAUAAAAAAUUUUCAUGCUUUGUAUUUUGUUGUAUUAUUAUAACAUUUAAUUUUAGGAACAAGUCGAAAGUCAUGUUUUUUGCCUUGCGUUGUUUUACAAUAAAGGCCAUUUGGAUUCUGA